CAUAUAUAGUGCUUGCAUGCGGGCCGAAGCUAAGCAUGCGCAUUUGCUUGAUACUAAUAUACAAGCCAUUUCCAAUCCAUCGUUUCCUAUGGCUGCAGGAACCAUGAGAAGAGUUCAACUAAUGCUGCUAUUGCAACUCUGCCCAGGGAUUCUUACCCUAGCAGUCCGUUCACUGGACGAAGGGGUACUACGUAUCGCAGUCCCAGAGAGAAGAGAGGUAUAUAAUAAUGGUAAAAUCUAUGAUAUCACCCACUUGAUCACUCCUGAAAUGUCAAAAUGGGGCACUGCUGAUGGGAUGGGCCAAGUGGUAACCGUGAUCGAUAGCAUAAAGAAUGGUUCAGAUGCUUAUGUUUCUGAGAUGAAGCUACCUUCUCACACUGGCACAAAUGUUGAUGCUCCAUCUCACUUUUUUGAAGAAUAAUAUGAAGAAGGGUAAGACGCAAGCACACUUGACUUGAAGACUCU